AUGACUGAUAAAGGGAAAAAACAACAGAUUACAAAUUGGUUUCAAAAAUUGACGCCAACGAAUGAUUCAACUCGAACUCCUGGUCGAUUGCCCACAAUGUCGAAAUCACCAUUAGUGGCGACUUCAAAAUCGGAAAAAAGUGCAAGAACAAAUUUGAGUGAUAUUUAUAGUGCAACAUCACCACCACGCAAAAAAAAACAGGAUGUAUUAAAUACAUCAGAAAAAAAUGAACAAACACCAAUAAAUAAGCGAAAAACAUUGGAAGUUUGUAAUUCUGAUGAUGAAGAAGAAAUCCCAAAGAAGCGACAACGUUCGCGUAUGCAUGUCAUACGAUCAGAUGAUGAAGAGGAAAAUCGUGAAAAUCAUUCAAAAAAUGAUUUAAUGGAAUGUGAUUCACCAUCAACACCAUCAUCAAAAACGACAAGAAAAACACCAUCCAAACGAAAAACAACGACAGUGAAAACUACAAAAGACGACGAUGAUUAUCAAUUAGAAGAAGAUAGUAUAGAAGAAGACGGUGGUGAUGAUGAUGAUGAUGAUGAUGAGAAAGACAUGGAAGUUGAUGGUGAUAGUGAGGCAGAAAACGAGAAAAAAUCACGUAAAUCAAGGCCAUCAACAGUGAGUAAAUCGAAAAACGUUGCUACGGACAAGAAACCAAAAGAAAAAGGUUCUACCACUGAAAAUGAUGGAAAAUUUAAACAUUAUCAAUUAGAAUGGUUACAAGACGGUAAACGUCAAGAUGCAAAUCGUCGUCUUCAUACAGAUCCAAAUUAUGAUCCAAAAACUUUAUACGUGCCUGAAUCAUUUUUGAAUAGCAUUACUCCGGCAAUGAGACAAUGGUGGGUACUCAAAACUAGUUAUUAUGAUACAAUAUUAUUUUUUAAAGUUGGCAAAUUCUAUGAAUUAUAUAAUGAAGAUGCAGUCAUUGGUGUUCAGCAGCUUAAUCUUUCAUUUAUGAAAGGUGAAACUGCUCAUUGUGGAUUUCCAGAAAAAGCCUAUAGUAAAUUUGCUGAUAUGUUGACAUCAAAAGGCUAUAAAGUUGCACGAGUUGAACAAACUGAAACACCGGAAAUGAUGAAAACAAGAGUACAUGAAACAAAAAAGUCGACAAAAUAUGAUAAAACUGUUAGACGUGAAAUAUGUCAAAUAACAACACCUGGUACAAAAACAUUCAAUACACUUGAUAAUGAAAAUGUUUAUCGUGAAAAUCAAUAUUUAUUAUGUCUUGUUGAACGACCAAUUCAAGACAAUAAAACAUUUCAAUGUGAAUUUGGAAUUUGUUUGGCUGAUACGGCAGUUGGACAAUUUUAUAUUGGUCAAUUUGAAGAUGAUCGUUAUUAUUCUCGAUUGCAAACACUUUUAGCUCAGUAUCCACCCGCACAAAUUUUGUGUGAAAAAAAUAAAUUGUCUGAGAAAGUGAGAAAAAUAUUAUUGUUGACACGUGCAAAGAUGGAAUAUUUAAUACCAAAUAAAGAAAUGUUUGAAUGUGCCAAAGCUGUCGAUGUAUUACGUGAUGGGAAUUAUUUUACAAAUGAAAAGGGUGAUAUUCAUUGGCCAGACGUAUUCUCAGAAAUAUUUAAUGAAGGCGACAAAUAUGGUUUACAUGUUCGUCAAUCAUAUCAAAUGGCUAUAAGAGCACUUGGCGGUUUAGUGUGGUAUUUACAAUAUUGUUUAAUUGACAAAGAACUGUUAUCGAUGAGAAAUUUUUCGAUAUUUCGACCGGCUGACAAAAAUAUUGAUCUUAAAGAAGCAAAUGGUAUUCAACAAAAAAAUAUGAUUUUGGAUGCAACAACAUUGUUUAACCUUGAAAUAUUGUGUACAAGCCGUGGUAAUAAAGAUGGAUCAUUGUUACAAGCAGUCGAUAAAUGUUCAACUCAUUUUGGCAAACGAUUAUUAUCACGUCUAUUAGUCAAUCCACUAUGUCAAGUGGAAGAUAUAAAUGACCGUUUAGAUGCAAUUGACGAUUUGCGAAUAAAAUCUGACUUAUGUGCGAAAAGUCGUGAUAAAUUAAAAAAUAUUCCGGAUUUAGAACGUUUAUUUUGUCGAAUACAUACACUUGGUCAUCGACCAUUGAAUGACAAUCAUCCAGAGAAUCGUGCCAUAUUGUACGAAGAAAUUACAUAUAGUAAACGGAAAAUAAUGGAUUUUUUAUCAUCAUUAUCUGGUUUAAAAACGGCAAAUGAAUUAAUAAAAUUGUAUGAAAAAUCAAAUUUCCAAUCCACCUUAAUUCAUUCAAUGACAAAUCGUGUUUUAAUCGACGAUGAAAAUUUACAUUUAUUAUCAACAUGUUUUCCUGAUAUUGAUGAAUUAUUAAAAUUCUAUGAUACGGCAUUCAAUCAUAAACAAGCGAAAGAAGAAGGAUGUAUUACACCGGUGGCAAAUGUGAAUGCAGAAUUUGAUCAAGCUAUUAGUGAUAUUAAAGAUAUACAAAAGGAACUUGAUGAUUAUUUAAAAGAACAAAAGAAAACAUUGAAAUGUCAAACAGUUAAAUAUGUUGAUGUAUCAAAAACACGUUAUCAAUUGGAAAUUCCCGAUUUUGCAUGUAAAAGUCUUAAUGCUGAUUAUGAAAUACAAUCAUCAAGAAAAGGUUUUAAAAGAUAUCAUACAAGCGAAAUAUCUGAUUUAUUGUCAAAAUUAGUUGAAGCCGAAAAUAGAAAAGAUAUUGCUUUGAAAAGUACUAUGAGUAGUUUGUUUCGUCAUUUUGAUAAACAUCAUCGUAUAUGGAAUCGUGUUUUGCAAUGUGUUGGUAUGUUAGAUGUACUUUUAAGUUUAACAGCAUAUAGUGAAUCAAGUACAGAUAUGUGUCGACCAACAUUAUUAAACACUGAUUUGGACUGCAAUACACAACCUUUUAUUAAUAUUAAAGAUGGAAAACAUCCUUGUUUGGCAAAUAAUUUAGGGUCAUUUAUUCCAAACGAUAUUGUCCUUGCUGAUAAAUCGUCUGAUCAAAGUUGGCAAACAAAAUCAGUUGUGUUGGUCACGGGUCCGAAUAUGGGUGGAAAAUCAACACUCAUGAAAGAAACUGGAGUGUUAGUCAUUUUAGCUCAUUUGGGCAGUUAUGUUCCUGCUUCAUCGUGUUCAAUGACAGUCUGUGAUCGAAUAUUUACUAGAUUAGGUGCUGCUGAUAGAAUCAUGGCUGGUGAAAGUACAUUUUUUGUUGAAUUAAGUGAAGCAUCAGCUAUCAUUCGACACGCUACGAAUCAUUCGUUAGUUUUGAUGGAUGAAUUGGGAAGAGGAACAGCUACAUUUGAUGGUACAGCCAUUGCUUGUUCGAUCGUUCAUGAUUUAUCUAAUCGUGUUAAAUGUCGAACAUUAUUUUCCACUCAUUACCAUACAUUAGUGGAAGAUUUUGCCGAACAUCCAAAUGUCGGUUUGGGCCAUAUGGCUUGUAUGGUUGAAACGGAAUCGAAUUGUUCCACAGAUGAAACACCGUCAAAAGAAACGAUUACAUUUUUGUAUAAAUUUAUCAAUGGCCCAUGUCCAAAGAGUCAUGGUUUUAAUGCAGCACGUUUGGCUAAUAUUCCAGAAAAGGUCGUUCAAUUAGCACAAAAGAAAGCAUACGAAUUUGAACGUUGGAUUACAUUAAAACGUUUAUUGUCACAAUUUAAACGUAGUAGUACAACUCAAGUCGAUGAUGAUAUUUUAAAAAUAAUUGCAAAUUUGAAAAUAAAUAUUUUAUAA